AUGCGAGAGAAGGCCACCUGGAGGCAUCCUCGGUCGCAUCAGUGGCACCUGCUGGUCUAUGUCCCCGUCCGGAAGCGAGACCAGCUGGACGUGCUGGUGAUACAGGCGAUUGCGGAGGCCGUCGGGUGAACCGGCCAUCGCCUCGUCAUCUCCGAGAUGCGAAUUCGUCUGCAGCCUUGCAGGAGACCUCAAGGUAGGCGACUUCCAGGUAAGUUGAGUAUUGCUUUGUUGUCUUUACCUGUUCAGUAUGUCCGUGUCAACAAUGAGCUAGCUCGACGGCUAGACAACCUUCCAAUCGCUGCCGCCGACGCCGCUGCUGAGAACGCCACCGUGGAGAACCGAUGGUGUCAACUGCGGGACACAGUCCAGUUGGCGGCGCUGGCCGUCCUCGGUCGCGCACGUGGCCAACACCAGGACUGGUUCGACGAUGACGACGCCGCCAUCAACAACCCGCUCGUUGAGAAGAACCGACUGUGCAUAGCCUACGUCACUUUCCCACCGACGACAACAAAACAACCUUCUACCGCAGUCGCCACCUUGCACAACAGCCUCCGCGUGAGAUGCAGGACGCCUGGACGGCUCGCAAGGCCGAGGAGAUCCAAGGGCACGCGAAGCGCAAAAAAAGAGAACUUUUUGGCGCGACCAAGGAAGUCUACGGUCCGCCAACCAAAGGAACUGCUCCUCUUCUCAACACCAACGGAAGCACCCUACUCACUGGAAAGACGCAAAUACUACAGCGAUGAGUUGAGCACUUUCGAGGCGUCCUUAACCGCCCCUCCACAAUCUCCGACGCCGCCAUCGCCCGUCUGA